AUGCACACAAAGCGUCGCAGGGAGCAGCAAAGAGCGGGGGCUAGCGUACCGCUCGGAGCUGCUUCAGCAGAGGAACUCCAGGGCAACGACAUCGCCCAGGAGGACUCUUACCCAGAUGUUGGCCCUCCGGUUGAUCCGGAAGUAACCAGAUCUAAUCCUGUGGCGUCGGACCUCGAGGAAAUGCUUAUCCAGAGGUUCGAAGUCUACUUUAAAGUUGCCAUAGGCUCCUAUGAUAGACGCCCUGUAAGGAGGCCUGAGGGAGAAAUCCCGAGGGACCUCCUGGCAGCUGGUAAUGCGGUGCUUGCUCGCAAGCUAGGAAGUCUACCAGCAGCCAACGGACGUCAGUGUAUAUCCAGGCUGAAUGCUGCAGUGUACGCUAUUGCUCGUUCAAUUGCUGCCACAGCGGACAGCCUGAGGCAAGAACGUAUGCCUGACGAUCCCAAACGCCGUCUUAAGGAGCUCAUAGAACUUCGGAGAUCCCAGUUAUGCGUUGUUUCGACGCUUACUGAGGAAAUUCGAAGACGCCAAGCACUGCGCCAGCGAAAGGAAGGGGCUAAAGUUCGACCCAGCCAGAAUUUUCUCCGAAUAGCGGCAGUGCAUCAUAUCCGACGUCGCGGAGAGUUGGGACGUGUCAUCCGGAAGUUUAAAGACCAACUAAACGUGACGCAGCUCGAAAUUAGGAAGUUGGAAGAGGCCCGACGUCGAAAGCUAGUCCGACGGAAGGGAGCUUCCUUUGUGGUCCAGGAGCGUGCGGAAUUCCCAUCGCAAGUCCCUGUAGCCAGUGUGCGCGCAUACUGGCUACCGAUCGUUGGGAUGUCCAGACCCUUCGAGGUAAGACCUGAACUCGAAGAGUGGUCAAGGACCUUAGGGCCGCUACCUAGAGAAACCCCUCUUCAUUCUGGCGAGCUGACCGAGGACGCCUGGAAGACCUUAUUUACGAAGGUUAGACCUUGGAGAGCAGCUGGGCCAGAUGGUAUCCAAGGCUUCUGGUGGAAGCACCUGCCAGAAGCCAGGCAGCGCUUGAAGUCGUGGUGUCUUCGGGCACUACGGCAGCCGCGCAAGUCGAUCCCGAACUGGCUUUGCCAGGGUAGGGUGGUACUGAUACCGAAGAAGAGAGGCGACCCUAACGCGCUCGGACCUGGAGACUUCCGACCAAUAGCAUGUUUAAAUACAUGCUACAAGAUCCUGACUGGCAUGAUGGCAGAACAUAUCUCCAAGAUCGUAGGAGACCGGUUUCCCGGUAGUCAAGUGGCCCUACGAAAAGGAGUAUGGGGCUGUACGCAUGCCCAGAUAUUAGACCAGACCAUCGUCAAGGAUGCUGAGCGGCAUAAGAAUGAGCUGCACAUGCUCUGGGUCGACAUGACAAAGGCGUACGAUUCCCUGCAACACGGCGCCAUUAAAUGGGCCGUCAGGCAGUGGAGUGUUCCAUCAGAUGUUCGUCGCCUUUUGUCGACCCUUAUGUCUCUCCAGACUGUUCGGUACUGUGGUUAUACGAAUGGGCGGCAAGUCAAGAGUCGUCCUCUGCAGAUCAGAAAUGGUCUUAUGCAAGGCGACACGUUGAGCCCAUUGCUAUUCUGCCUAACCAUAGCACCUCUCUCGGCGUGGAUCCAGGCCCACAUCAGGCCUUACCAGACGACGUCCGGUUCAGGGCCCCGCUCUGACGGCCCCUUACAGGCCAGCCAUGUGUUCUACAUGGAUGACCUUAAGGUGUGGACGCCUGACUGGGACAACCUGAUGAAAGCCCGUAAAGGGAUCCAGCGAGUCGCCGGGUUUCUCGGUCUGCAGAUGAACAUGAGCAAAUGUGCUAUACGGUCGCUUAACUCUGAAGACAUGGGGCAAGAUCAUGGCUCCGAGGUAGGCUCAAUACCUAUUCUCGGUGGCAACGAGGUCUAUAAGUAUCUGGGAGCCGAGCAGACUGGGCUUGUCUGCUUUGAGGAUCUAUGGUCUCGGGUCGCAGAAUCCGCGACGGCCGCGGCCAGGAGAUUGUUCUUCAGUAACCUGACGGUUCGCCAGAAGGUUAGUGGGUUCAAUCAAAUGGUCGUACCGAAGCUCAAGUAUGCGUUCUCGUGCAUAGUCUUCGGAGCGGGCAGGUUCAGGACGCUCAGAGCGCGAGCCCGUUGUUUUGACUUGGAGAUGCGGCGACUGUUAGUGGACUCUCUCAUGAGGUUCAAGACCAGUUGCAGCGCGCGCCUAUAUGUCGGGAAAGAAAGUGGAGGCCUAGGAAUGAAGUCAGUAGUGGAGGAGCUAGAUCUUAGCGUCACGUAUACGUGGUGCUACCUUGCCACGAACACUGAUUUCCUGGUCUCAUUCGAGCUAUCAGAGCGUUUGCGUGCGAGUACCAAACGGUCGAUAACGUCUGACUUUCAGGCUGUAAUGGCUGCUAACGGGUUAGACGGACGCGUAUCUCGUACGGUUAUGGCGACUAUCAAAGUAGACAACCAAACGUUCUACACGGCCACGAAAGCGGCAAGAGCUGUAUCUAGAUUGAUUCGCGAGAGGUGGGCUAAGCUUCACCUAGACGAGUGGAAAGGUAAAGAUACAGCUGGGCGAGUGCUGCACGAACGCGGGCGUGACGGUAACCUGACCGGACUAUGUCUGAAGGAUUCGUUCCUUUGGUCCGCGAAUGGUCAGGUGUCGUCGGAAGUCCUUAGAAACGUUUGGGGUGCCCAGGAGGCUUCACUCCUCACCAAAAGCAGUGCCUGCGCAAGAUCUAUGGCACUUGCUGGUGAUGGUUUGUGCCGCAUGCGCUGCGGACCCUAUGCAGAGACCGCCGAACACGUGGUCUCCGCGUGUGGCUACUGGCGGACCAGUUUAAUGGUCGAAAGACAUGAUGAGGUAGCAAGGGUCCUAUACAAUUCUAUCAGGCGCAAGUAUAACAUCUCAGAAGUAGUGAAUACCCAUCGGCCACAUGUGGUCGAAACAGCGGAUGUGGUUAUUCACUGGAAUGAUAGCAUCGUCACGAGCGAAGGACUGAAGCAUAACCGUCCGGACCUUCUGGUUUGGGAUAGGCAUGCUUCGCGGAUUUGGAUAAUUGAGGUCUCGAUCUCAUGGUUCACCCGCGUCCUUGCUCAAGAACGACGUAAGCUCGGGAAAUAUGCUGUAAAUAGCACUCUACCUGAGGAGACUGGACCAGAUGGGUUCCAUCCAGGCCCAAAUCUCCGAGCAGUCCUGCAAAAGGACCGUAAGUGCCGGGUAGAUGUCGUACCUAUUGUCUUAGGAGCAUGCGGAGAGGUAUCGUCGAACCUAAGGCAAUAUAUACGUUCCCUUGAGCUUCGAGACGACGCUACUGUCCUGAUAGAGCGUAUGCAGCGUAGUACCAUUCUCGGCACAAACAGGUUGGUGAAAUGCCAUCUUUCCAACAGUAUGGAGUGA